GCCACCAACACGGCUGCCUUGCUCCUGCACCGCCAGGACUCAAACUUCAGAGAGGAAGAUUUCCCCCCCCCACACACACACACACACGCAGAACAACAUCCACACGAGUUUAGACUCUUGUUGAGUUAUUGCAACUUCAAUCCUUGUGUUGGAGAAGAAGCGUUGCCUGCUGUGCGUAAUUGGGAGUAAAAAAAACCAGAAUGGAGCGAAUUCCAAGCGCGCAGCCACCUCCUCUGUCCAAACACCAGGCUGAGCUGUCAGACAUGCAGGGGAUGGACUUCCCGAUGUAUGUUUAUAAACCCCGGCGGGGGAUGAAGAGAGGAGAGGAUAGCAAGGAAACCUACAAGCUGCCGCACAGACUCAUCGAGAAGAAGAGACGGGAUCGGAUAAACGAGUGCAUCGCACAGCUGAAAGAUUUGUUACCGGAGCACCUGAAGCUCACGACUCUGGGACAUCUGGAGAAGGCCGUGGUUCUGGAGCUCACGCUCAAGCAUGUGAAAGCACUCACGUCUCUGCUGGAGCAGCAGCAGCAGAAGAUCCUGGCUCUGCAGAGUGGCAUGCAAAUCGAGCAGCCUUCUGUCAGCCAGGAGAAGUCAGAGGAGAUGUUCUGCUCUGGUUUCCACAUGUGCGCCAAGGAGAUUCUUCAGUUUCUAGCCAACCACGAGACCGAUGGAGACUUCACGCCAUCUCACGUGAUCAAUCAUCUUCACAAGUUGGCUGCAGAGGUGCUGCAAGGUCCGAGCGGACCCCGGACCCCCGUCAGCCCCCGACGCGAGGAGAUCCCCACCUACCACCAGCACCAACCUCACAAGGAGAUGCACGCCAGCUUACCGCCCAAACCCAGCGAGGGCUACGGGAGGAACUGUGUGCCUGUCAUCCAGCGAGCGUACGCUCCCACCAGCAGCGAGCAGAGCGGCAGCGACACAGACACAGACAGCGGCUAUGGGGGAGAGCUGGAGAAGAACUACGGCCACGAGAGCCAGCUGAAGCGAGCGCUGGCCGAGAGGCAGAGCUCCGGCAUCAAGCAGGAGGAGGACGAGCCGCGUCACAAGCGGCCCCGGGUGGAGUCAUCGGAAGACGAGCUGCUCUCGGGUGGGGAGUCUACAACCUCAUCGUCCUCAAGUGGCUACAGUAGCUACAUGAGCGUAUCCCCCAACCAUCCACCACCCCAUCCACAUCCCCUCUGCAUGCCUUUCUACCUCAUUCCACCCUCCGCCGCAGCCUACCUGCCCAUGCUGGAGAAGUGCUGGUACCCCGGGGCCGUGCCCAUGCUCUACCCUGGCGUGGGAGGCGCCGCACCAGCCAUGUCCAGCGAAAGACUGUCACCACCUCAGCUAGUGAUGUCUCCCAGGGGAGGCUCUCCAGCCCCAGCCAUAUCUCAGACCCCCAUGGACUCCCCUGCCCUGCUUCAGGCGUUAAAGCAGGUGCCACCCCUCAACCUGGAAACCAAAGACUGAGAAACCCUGGAGCAGAGACAGUAGUCGGAAGCAGAGGGAAACUGAGCUGUUCCAUAAUCCAAUCCAUCCUCAUUCCUCCCCUCCGCUCCUCAGCCCGGAGGCCAGACAGCAAACGAGAGGACCUUUUGAAAGGAUCAAGAAGAGGUGGAGGGCGGAGCUGCAUCCGUCCACACAUGGAGGACGCAGAGCUCUGGUUGAAUGUUAAAUGCUCAGUGAUAUAACUCAGUGCAAAUGUAUCAUAUAAACUGGACCUGCCCUGCACACACACACACAAACUCACACACUUGGUUGAAUGUAAAGAGAGAAAUGUUUUAGAUGCUGCUGUUAGAAGUACAAAUGCUGAUGACACUGAUGCAUUUCACUUGUAGCCGUUGCGAUACAUGCCAUCUAGAAAUCAUUGCACCAAAACAGCACCCAAAGUUUGUCGCCUGUGUCCUGUAAGUCACCGUUAUCAUAGAGGAAAAAGCCCUUUGUACCACACAUUGUGGCGAGAUGGUGUCGUCCAUCCGAGGGGUUUCCUCCCGUGUGUACAGACGACCCACUUCACGGAUGAAGGGAUGGACGCCACGUGACCACACCGAAUGAGCCGACUUGUUUUUUCAUCGACAAACAGACCGUUGAGAUGGAGUUUCUGUAAUUAUUGUUCAUAUACUUCAUGUACAUUUCUGUUUUUUCGAUACCUGUUCUCGCACUCUUGUCAGACAGGAGGGAGGGAGGAGCAGAGUGGGGACAAUUGUACGUGGUGUACUCAGAAGCUGUGUACAUACUGUAGCACUGUGCUGGACCAGGUCUGCGUACUCGACAUCUGUUUCUGCUCAAGUCAAACCUGGUGUUUGUUCUUGCUGUUGCCUUUUACUUGUGAAAAAGCUGAUAAAUCUCAGAUGUUCAUUCUCUGUACUGCAUAGUAUGAAUACUGGAGUCCAAAUGAGUGAGGAGGAGAGAAGUGAAUGUACACGUUUUACCAGAGGACUAGUUUUCUAUAGAAAGAGGUACUUGAGAUAUUAUAUUUUGGGACCUACACGAAAGAUGUUUGAUGUACAUAUUUUGUCUAUAAAUGUUGAUAUACAUUAUAUAAGUGUAUUAAUAAAGUAUUUUUUUUCCCGUGGAAA